AUGAUAAAAAAGGAACCUUCAGUGGCCAUUACGCUCGUUCAGGAGAGGAUAACUCAUUCAUAUGGAUUCAAAGUUUCAUAUAAAAAGGCAUGGUAUGCGAAGCAGAAAGCCAUGGCAAUGUUAUAUGGUGAUUGGGAGGAAUCCUAUGCAUUUUUACCCAGCUGGUGUGAAUAUAUGCUUCGUUUUUCACCAGGUUCUUUUUACAAUAUUCAAACAAAGGAUUGUUUUGUUGCGAGGCAGUUGGUUCCCGGAAAACGUGUAUUUGUUCAUUGUUUCUGGACUUUCAGACAAUGUUGUGAGGCAUUUAAAUUUCGCAAACCAAUGAUACAAAUUGAUGGCACUCAUCUAUACAGAAAAUAUAAAGGAAAGUUGUUGAUUGCCCUAGCUCAAGAUGGUAAUAAUGAAUGUGUGCCACUUGCAUUUGCCGUUGUUGAGGGUGAGACAUUGGAGGCUUGGUCAUACUUUCUUGCCAAUCUUCGUCAGCACGCCACACAAGCGCAGAAUAUAUGUCUAAUUUCAGACCGGCAUGUUAGCAUAUUAUCGGCUGUUGAAAAUAAUCCCCUAUGGCAACCACCCCAUGCAUUUCAUGUGUUUUGCUUGCGACAUGUUACAAGCAAUUUUAAUCAACGAUUUAGAAAUGACAAAUUGAAGGCUAGCCUGAUGAAUAUAGGAUAUACUCCUUGCAUGGUGGAUUUUGAGAGGUCGCUAGCACGAUUUCGUGACACAAGCAGGCAGGUAACGGAAUGGAUUGAUGCCAUCCCUAAGGAAAAGUGGUCGCGUGCACAUGACCUUGAUGGAUGA